UGCCAUUGAAAGCUCAGGUCAGAGCCGAGGAGCAUUUUUCAGAUACAUCCAUUUCGAUCAAGUCCUAUCCAACAAGAACAGGAUCCACUAUGCUAUCCAAAUUCCUUCUUGCGUCGGUUGCGACCGUCGCGGCGCUCUCUGGCCUAGCCAAUGCGCAGACAAACAUCACCGAGAAAGACUGCGCCUCUACAUCCGAGUACUCAAAGUGCAAUAGGGAUGUCGCCGACAAGUGGAGCUCCUGCAUCCGAGGCUGCAACGGCAAUGGUAACUGUGCCGUGGACUGUGGCUGCGACUCCCACCAGAAGUAUAUCAACUGCAUGGCGGAGUCAUGCUGGAACCAGGUCUACUCCUGCAAAUACCAACUCUUCGUGCAGCAAUACUUCGCCAUCUGCCCCAGCGCCAAAGAGCCAAUCCCCUUCUGGCCACCUCCAGAUAACGCGCCAAACCGCUGCUCCUGCGAUCUAGGCAAAGUCACGCAAACCACGCUAUCAUCGCGCAACCAGCAAAUAAAAUGCAUGCGCGACGUCACCGACAAACUCAGCACAGACAUCGGCAACAUCCCAGACCUGUCGAACCUAAACAACGGUCUCGAUAUUGCCAACCGCGCCUCGGACUGUGCCUGCUGCGGAGCGAGCGCUAGUAUCUCCGCAUCCUGGGAUAUCUGCCCACACACUGAACCCACUCUCGCCGGCGCAGACAUGUGGGGAGUCUUCUUCCCUUCCGAUCUACCCAAUCUAUACACCUCCCUGCCGAACUGGGCGUGGUCGUCUUGCGACUCGACGCUCAAGGAUACGAAGUGCAAGGACUUGGGUUUCACGGAUGCGGAUAAGUUCUACAAGCCCGGCGAUUUCCCUAAUAACGGUACCUCGACCCUGUACGAAGUUGGCGGGACGGUUUCGGCGCCUCCUAGCGGUACGGUUCUCACUUGGUCUCAGGCUUCGACUACUUAUACUGUUACCGCGACUGGGUAUGACCGCAAGGCUGUUGCUAGUCAGAGUGACUACCGUGCCACGGCUACUGGCACUGAUAAAGCGUUUGCGACGCAGACUGCUGAUAGUGGUGCUGGGGCUGUGAGGAAUGGUGGUGUUGGCGCUGUUGUGGCUGGUGUUUUUGCGGUUGUUAUGUUGUAACUUGGUGGUUGGAUAAAAGUAUGGAUAGACUGUGCUGGCAGGUGGACGGGAG